CCGAGGCCCAACAAAAGGGAUCUGAAAAAAGGGUCCAGAAGCAGAGCUUCCUCUUCGCCCUCCCCUCCCGACGGCGUCGCCGAAACCCUCUCCGCCGAACAGCCCCGCUGCUCCAGCCCUUCUUCCGCCGAAGCACGGGAGCCUCGAAGGCAGUAUACGACAUGGCUUCGCAUGCGUACCCUUCCAAGAGACCAUUCCAGAAGAAGUAUUCAGAACACAAUGGUCGGGCCAAGUGGCAAAAGACAAAACAUGCUCCUUCGCAGCAGCCUCAGCUGACAAUACAGCCUGGAGUUCCUCUUAUCCGCAUUCUUUGCCCUACUGAGAAAUGUGGGAAUGUUAUUGGUAAAGGUGGUAGCAUCAUUGCAAAGAUAAGGCAAGAAAACGGAGUGAAAAUCCGGGUUGAUGAAGCAGUCCCUGGUUGUGAUGAGAGAGUUAUUGUCAUAACUACCGUUGAGAAGGACAAAGAAGCUAUCCACGAGCAAGGUAAAGAGAAUGAUGGUGGUACUGCUGUUUCUGCUGAUGGCGAGCAUGAGAAGGAGAAAGACCACAGUAAGGAAGAAAAGGAUGAUUCAGAUAAUGCCCACGGCAAGGAAGAACAAGAUGAUGCAGAGAGAGAUGACAGCAAGGAAGAAAAUGAUGAUUCUUCUGUUGCAAAAACUACAAAGUUGGAGCCAGAGAGGGUAAUACCAUCAGCAAUGAACGCCGUUUUGCAUGUCUUUGAUAGGAUUUUUAUAACUGAAAGUGAAAAUGGAACUGAAGAUGCAUCAGGCCAGAAAACUCCUGUUUCUUUCAGAUUGUUGGUGCUAGAUAGCCAAGUAGGUUCGCUUUUGGGAAUUCGAGGUAGUGUGAUUAAGCAAAUGUCCGCUGAUAGUGGCUGUGAAAUCCGAGUUUCAAAGGAGAAUCUUCCUUUAUGUGCUUUACUCAAAGAUGAACUUUGUCAGAUUAAUGGAGAGCUUGACUCAGUUAAGAAAGGUCUGAAUGCAGUGGCUCAAGUGCUCUUUACUCACCCCCCUAGGGAAAGUGAUGUAGUUCCUGUUGUUCAUCCUUCUGGUUCAUCAUCACGCACCUUCGAUCGCUCAGAUGGUCUUCCUCCAGGAAUGCCACCUAACUUUCAUCUCCCUUUUCAAGGGCCAUCCCAUGCCAGGGGACCUUUUGAUACCAUUGACCAAAGGCCAAAUGUUGCACCUUUCUCAACUUUUCCUGACCAACGCUCAAACAUUCCUCCCUGUUCUGCUUUUCCUGAUGCUCUCAUGCAUGGCAACGCUUCAGUUCCCCCAGAACCUCUCACCUUCAGGCUAUUAUGUUCAAGUGACAAGGUCGGAAGUAUUAUAGGGAAGGGUGGAAACAGUAUCAAGACUAUUCAGAAAGAUACAGGUUGUGAAAUAAAUAUUCUUGAGACUAUUCCAAAGUCAGAUGAUCACAUCAUAAUCAUCUCUGGACCUGCGCAUCCAGGUGAUGGCAUUUCCCCAGCACAGAAUGCAAUUUUGCAUGUGCAGCGUAAAAUUACGCCACCCACCUCUAACAAGGAGGGUCCUGCAAUAUCUAGGCUGAUCGUUUCACCUAACCAAGUUGGCUGCCUCCUUGGCAAAGGUGGCAGUAUCAUAGCUGAAAUGAGGAAGCUGUCAAAAGCCCAUAUAAUAGUGUUGAGCAAAGACAAGAUCCCAAGGGGUGUACAAGAAAUUGAUGAAGUUGUUCAGAUAACCGGGGAUUCUGAGGCUAUUCAGGAAGCUCUGAUGCAGAUAACUGCUAGGCUACGUAACAAUCUUUUCCGGGACAGAAUGGCUUCAAUGGGUCCCAGUAUGCAGCCACCUUUUGGUUUGCUGGAUCCUCAGUUUGGUGCAUUUGCGGGAAUCCAUGAAUCUACAUCUCCUAGGAUUUAUCCUAAUGCAUCUCAGUUUCAUAAAGAUUUCAUGGGACGACCAUUGGAUGAGAUGUCUGCUCCUUGGACCACAAAGGGCAUGCAGGAUGUUGGUGAUCCGAUGUCAGUAUCUGGCAUUCCUGGAAUGGCACACAGAGGAAUGGGUGGAUUUUCAGGACCUGUUCAUUCAUCUAGGCCAAUCAUAACUGGAAAUAUCAUGGUUCCAAGAUUAGUUAUACCUGCUCUAUGUGGGCAUGAUGGAGGUUGUUUGAAUAUGAUACGUGAGUUUUCAGGAGCUAAGAUAACAAUCGAGGAACCGCUGGCUGAUUCCAUGGAUACACCUGUUAUGAUAUCUGGCACACCGGAUCAGAUGCAUGCAGCCCGAAGUCUUGUUCAAGCAUUUGUUCUAAGUGAACCACCUGCCCCAUGAGAUUUCAAAUCUCUGAAGGUCAGCAGUUUUGGUGAGUUGUCAACUGGGGUAGUUCCUUGUAGGCAGACAGUUGGUUAUCAUCUCUGCUUGGUUAUCCUUUGCUGCUAUGUUAGCAUUGGAGGCUGCAUCCUAGAAGGUAUGAAUGUUGUAGUUUUGUCUGAUUGAUUGACUUGUUUUCUCUAGAUGUAUUUUUUAUCAACGAGGCUCCCAACCUUUUUUUUAGGUUUUUGUAUUAAUUGGAGUUUCAAAUACUCAGCCUAUUGCUUGUUGAUGUUCCACUAACCUGCUUUACUUAAAUGGGAUUGACCAUUGGAAAUAAAUAGCCUUAGUGAAUAAGAAUACCUACUAAAUACUGUUAGAUGCUACACGAUUGGCUUAAUGUAUUAUCAUUCUGAAUGCCUUGGUUUGGACGGAUGGGUUGGCUACAGUUAUGACUGAUGGCUCUUAGUUUAGUUUGAUAUUGGUAAAGAUGGAAAAUUAGGAGGAUUUUAACAUUGGUAAAGAUGGAAAAUUAGGAGGAUUUUAACAGUGAUUCACUAAAGUAGUCUGUUGAUCUUGUGGUGCGAUGCAUGAGCUGGGUGUUCGUCUAGUACUUGUGUGUCCUGCUUAGCGACCACUAAACAGGGUCGAAUCCGAAUCUUGUUGGUUUUCGCUUUCAGCCCCCAAAACCGGGCGGUAUAUGGUUUACGAUAUUAAGAAGAAUUAAGCCGCCUUGGGUUACGAACCUGGGAAUAUCCAUUGCUGCUACCGGAUUUGCAGUCAUUAAUAUAUGUGCUAAGAUGUUUAUGAUGGCAUAGCCACUUUUUUUUUACAUAUGUGCGGCUUUCCAAAAUAAAUGAAAUAUAGCUGUUGAGUUUUAGGAUCAUGCCAUAUAUGUUUUCAUGCGGAUGGUCCUGAAGACGGAACAUGCAACACCUCGAAAUAUUUGUGCUUGCAACCUUGUAACAAUAAGCUGUACCUAGAAGUGUCUAUCUUAACAUUUGAAUAUGUAAUGCCUUGUAAAAAAAGGAGAAAAAACUAAAAAAUGACAUUUUUUCCCAUGUCAUGCGCUUUUGAUUUUUAAUGAUCCAGUUUCCAGCUGGUAAAUGACAACCGUGUUUCAACCAGGAAAACAAUUAAGUGGUGUGAAAUACAUAACUUGAACGGAUGAGAUUCGACUGGAGAUGAAAGCGACUGUCCUGGAAUCACUUUCAUUUUUCUAUUGGACUACGUGGACAGCUAACAACCAGUGUGAGACGAUUGUGGCCCACAAGGCCACAAGCACCAAGCUCGAUUAACGUUGCACAUUGUUUUAUUCCUGUUAUUUUUCUAGAUGGUAUUACUUACUCUUGGUACACUAAAGAACUGGACGUUUGGAUAAAAAAAAGGAUAGUUACGAGUACAAAUUGGCUACACGGAAGCGCUGUCAGCACGUCCGUACGGAUGUGAACUCCUGGUUUAUGAGCCGUUCAUUUACUGGAUCGGACGGCUGCUACUCAUUCGUUUGUGUAUACUUGUUCUAGAGGGUUAAGCAGCACUCCACAAGAUACGAGCAAUGUAGGCCGACGCAGCAUGAAGCCUCGCUUCCGGUGCAUACAUGAGCACAAACACAUUCAGACAGGCGAUGGACAUAGAAAAAUUACUACGAUAUUGUAUGAAGCUUCUAUUUUGUGGCUCAUAUGUACAACUUCCAUCCAAUGGUGGUCAAUUGUUUCUCGCUCACACAAGGGGUGGCAAAUCUAAUCCCUUUCGGCUCUAUUUUGUAGCCCAUAUUGUAUGAAGCUUCUGUUUUGUGACUCAUAUGUACAAAUUCACUCUAAUAGUGGUCAAUCGUCUUCUC